UCAGUCAAUUUAUUUCUUUUUCCACAACCACACCCCUUCCAAGUGCAGCAUGCGCUCACACAUGAUCACAAAGAAAUAAACAUGCCCACACGCGCACACCCACAAUACUGCUCGCACAAUCAGUCUGUGACACCCACCCAGUCCCAAAAGUUACAGGAUUAAAAUUGGUUUAGGUGGGUUUUUUUCAAGUUCUUAAUCUUUGUUCCUUUAUCUUGUUCAAUUAUUCGGAUAAACAGGAUCACGUGACAAUUUCCUAUUGAAAUGCCCAAGACGCCAGGGGGAUUUCAUAAGAUAUGAAGUAACAGAAGCAGGAGUGUUUUUGUGACGUAAACUGUUGUGCCAACUGUCCGUCAGGAUGUAUUUUACAGUUUGUAACCGCAGCGCUUAUUGUUGAAAUGUAAGGAAUGCGAAAGGCCCAACUGAUGCUUGGGUUUUGCAGCAAUUGUAUAGCGGUAUGGAUAUGCAUGAAACACCAUCUUUUUUUCAAAAGGAAAAUGUGGAUUCGAUGUGAACAGCCGGAGUAACUAUUUCGUGACAAUUUGGAUCGUGAUCAAAAGUCAGACUCCGGUUUGAACUUUCUGUUUUCAUAGAACUUUGGAGAAGCCCAUCUAGAUCACCGAAGACUCAAAAUGUCGUGUAAGCGAAAACUGAGGUCUUGUCUCAAAACAAAGAACUGGGCACAACAGAAAAUCACAAUCUGUGCUGUCUUCGUGGGUAUUGUUAUCAAUAUUCUUAUUUUCUGCGCCAUCAAUUACUUUCAACACAGCAGCGAUCGAAGACUGAGGGACAGGCUACGGUGGUCAAGAGAUAGCCGUAAUAAGGAAGCACUUUUCCUCGGGGAAGGACAGCCGCUCAACUCCCUUCUGACAAACUCUGAGAGGGAAUUGGUUCAAUCUGGACAAAUGUCUCCAGAAAUGCUGGCCAAGAUUCUAGGAGAGAUCAAAAACGGAAGUCGAACCAUGUUGGAUGACCAGGGCCAAGAACUCAGCAUGGAACUUGGUCCUCCGGGCGCCCAAGACGACAUAUACAGUGAUUUAUUCCGGUUUGACUCUCAGCUCAUCCAGAAAGAAAUUCGAAAAUACUGCAACGGUACCAUUCCGUCAGUGGAGGAGAAAGUAUACGAUGUCAAUGCAGGUGCUGCGGAGAACGUUUUUAUUCCCGAUGUCCAAAAGAGAAACGUCUUAAGCGACAGUCUUAACGAUCCUACCUUCUCGGGAGAACUUCCGCCAUGCGUAAACCAUUCGCUCAAACUUGGUGGAAGGUUCAAACCUUUAAUGACGGAGUUGACCCUGGAGGCGUUGUCUUACCUGUUCCUGGAGCUACGGCCUGGCGGGUCCUACACACCCGAUACCUGCAUGGCCAGAGAAAAGACAGCGAUCAUCAUUCCCUUCCGAUUUGAGCUCCUGAAAACCACGAGAGAGCGACAGGGGGUGGACGGCCUGUCCUCAGCCAAGUACUCCCUGCUGAGCACAGACUCACUCCCUCUGUACACCCGUCUCAGAAUCUCCAUCAACAUGACCGAAGUCUUGGAGACUGCCCCCAGCUACCUGAAGCAUGUCUCUGAUGCGAUGCUCGUAGCUUUUCACUCGCUCAACCGGGAAGACCAAAUGGGUGUGAAAUCUUCCGCCUAAUUCAGAGCUGGGCAUCUUCAUGGCCGCCGCUCUUUGCUCUCUAAUAAUCAUAAUAAUUAUAACUUCACUGCACUGCUUUGCACUAUGGGCGCGCAAAUGAAGGACAAAAAACACCAUCCUUUCUAAAAUCGAGAACCCACCUUAAAAAAAAUUGUUUUUUAAU